UCUUUCGCCUCUUCUCAUUCUCCAGUCUUUUCUUUGCCUCUGCAGCCGGCCGAGGGGGCGGGCCCUGCAGUCUUUGUUGCUCUCAGACCGAGCGCAGCCGCCCGCCGGGCGGCAGUCCGGGCCCAGGACGCCGGGAGCUGCACGCGGGUCGGGCAUGUCCUGAGCCGGACCCGGGACCGGGCAGCGAACGGACGGGACGGACGAGAGCGUGUGCGAGGGGUCGCCCGGCGGCCGCCUGGCCCCGGCCAUGCCCUGCGGCCCGAGUCCCCGAAGCCCCGCGCCGCUGCUGCGCCCCCUCCUCCUGUUCCUCUCGGUCCUGGCGCUGGGCGCCCACGGAUCUGCACCAGGGCACGCCGCCGAGGGCCGGGCGGCGCUGGACAUUGUGCACCCGGUGCGUGUGGAUUCGGGGGGCUCCUUCCUGUCCUACGAGCUGUGGCCCCGCGCGCUGCGCAAGAGGGACUUGUCCGCGCGCCCCAGCGCGCCCACCUUCUACGAGCUGCAGUACCGCGGCCGCGAGCUGCGUUUCAACUUGACCGCCAACCCACACCUGCUGGCGCCCGGCUUCGUGAGCGAGACGCGGCGGCGGGGCGGCCUGGGCCGCGCGCACAUCCGGGCCCGCGCCCCCGCCUGCCACCUGCUAGGUGAGGUGCAGGACCCCGAGCUCGAGGGCGGCCUGGCGGCCAUCAGCGCCUGCGACGGCCUGAAAGGUGUGUUUCAGCUCUCCAAGGAGGACUACUUCAUUGAGCCCCUGGAUGGUGUCCCCGCCCGGCCUGGCCACGCCCAGCCUCACGUGGUAUACAAGCGCCAAGCUCCCGAGAAGUGGGCAGAGCUGGGGGACUCCAGGGCUCCAGGCACCUGUGGGGUGAAAGAGUUUCCAGAGCUGGAGCUGCAGCGGGAGCGCUGGGAACAGUGGCAGCAGUGGCGGCGGCUGAGGCGUCGAUACCGGCGCUCGGUCAGCAAAGAGAAGUGGGUGGAGACCCUGGUGGUAGCCGACACCAAAAUGGUGGAGUACCACGGGCAGCCGAAUGUCGAGAGCUACGUGCUGACCAUCAUGAACAUGGUGGCCGGUCUGUUUCAUGACCCCAGCAUCGGGAACCCCAUCCACAUCACCAUCGUGCGCCUGAUCCUGCUGGAAGAUGAGGAGGAGGAUCUGAAGAUCACUCAUCACGCAGACAACACCCUGAGGAGCUUCUGCAAGUGGCAGAAAAGCAUCAACAUGAAGGGGGAUGCCCACCCGCUGCACCACGACACGGCCAUUCUGCUCACCAGGAAGGACCUGUGUGCGGCCAUGAACCAGCCCUGCGAGACCCUGGGCCUGUCCCACGUGGCGGGCAUGUGCCAGCCACACCGCAGCUGCAGCAUCAACGAGGACACGGGCCUGCCCUUGGCCUUCACCGUGGCCCACGAGCUCGGGCACAGUUUUGGCAUUCAGCAUGACGGAAGCGGCAAUGACUGUGAGCCCGUUGGGAAACGGCCUUUCAUCAUGUCUCCACAGCUCCUGUACGACGCCGCGCCGCUCACCUGGUCCCGCUGCAGCCGCGAGUACAUCACCAGGUUCCUCGACCGUGGGUGGGGCCUGUGCCUGGAUGACCCUCCCACCAAGGAUGUCAUCGACUUCCCUUCCAUACCGCCUGGCGUCCUCUACGAUGUGGGCCACCAGUGCCGCCUCCAAUACGGGGCCUACUCUGCCUUCUGCGAUGACAUGGACAACGUCUGCCACACACUCUGGUGCUCCGUGGGGACCACCUGUCACUCCAAGCUGGAUGCAGCUGUGGACGGUACCAGCUGUGGGGAGAGCAAGUGGUGUCUGAAUGGGGAGUGCGUUCCCGUGGGCUUCCGACCUGAGGCCGUGGACGGUGGCUGGUCUGGCUGGAGUGCUUGGUCCCUCUGCUCGCGGAGCUGUGGCGUGGGUGUGCAGAGCGCCGAGCGGCAGUGCACGCAGCCUGCGCCCAAAUACAAGGGCAAAUACUGCGUGGGUGAGCGGAAGCGCUUCCGCCUGUGCAGCCUGCAGGCCUGCCCCGCCGGCCGCCCCUCCUUCCGCCAAGUCCAGUGCAGCCGCUUUGACGCCAUGCUCUACAAGGGCCAGCUGCACACAUGGGUGCCUGUGGUCAAUGACGUGAACCCCUGUGAGCUGCACUGCCGGCCCUCCAACGAGUACUUUGCUGAGAAGCUGCGGGACGCUGUGGUGGACGGCACCCCCUGCUACCAGGGUCAGGCCAGCCGUGACCUCUGCAUCAAUGGGAUCUGCAAGAAUGUGGGCUGUGACUUCGAGAUCGACUCAGGUGCCGUCGAGGACCGCUGCGGCGUGUGCCAUGGCAACGGCUCCACCUGUCACACCGUGAGCGGGACCUUCGAGGAGGCUGAGGGCCUGGGGUAUGUGGACGUGGGGUUGAUCCCGGUGGGCGCCCGCGAGAUCCGCAUCGUGGAGGUGGCGGAGGCCGCCAACUUCCUGGCCCUGCGCAGCGAGGACCCGGAUAAGUACUUCCUCAAUGGCGGGUGGACCAUCCAGUGGAAUGGGGACUAUGAAGUGGCGGGCACCACCUUCACGUACGCCCGCACAGGCAACUGGGAGAACCUCACAUCCCCUGGCCCCACCGACGAGCCAGUCUGGAUCCAGCUCCUGUUCCAGGAGAGCAACCCCGGGGUGCGCUACGAGUACAUCAUCCACAGGGAGGCGGGCGGCCACGACCACAUCCAACCGCCCGAGUUCUCCUGGCGCUACGGACCCUGGUCCAAGUGCACAGUCACCUGCGGAACAGGCAUGCAGAGGCAGAGCGUGCACUGCACGGAGCGGCAGGCGGGGCCUGUAGACGAGAGGCACUGUGACCCCCUGGACCGGCCGGAUGACCGUCAGAGGAAGUGCAGCGAGGAGCCCUGCCCUGCCCGGUGGUGGGCAGGUGAGUGGCAGCUGUGCUCCAGCUCCUGCGGGCCUGGAGGGCUCUCCCGCCGAGCCGUGAUCUGCAUCCGCAGCGUGGGGCUGGAUGAGCAGCGCGCCCUGGAGCCGCCUGCCUGCGAGCACCUGCCCCGGCCCCCUGCCGAAAAGGCCUGCAACCGCGAUGUGCCCUGUCCGGCCACCUGGGCUGUGGGGAACUGGUCUGAGUGCUCAGUGACGUGCGGGCCGGGCACUCAGCGCCGGAGCAUCCUCUGUACCAAUGACACUGGGAUCCCCUGCGACGAGGCCCAGCAGCCAGCACGCGAGGCCACCUGCCUCCUGCCACCCUGCCCCCAGGCCCUGGACACGCUGGGCCCCGAAGGCUCAGGCAGCGGCUCCUUCAGCCCUGAGCUCUUCAAUGAGGUGGACUUCAUUCCCGGCCACCUGGCCCCGCGCCCUCCGCCGCCCUCAUCACCCAAGCCAGCCAGCAUGGGCAAUGCCAUCCAGGAGGAGGGCCGUGAGCUGGGCCCACCGGGGCCCGUGUUCGUCGACGACUUCUACUACGACUACAAUUUCAUUAACUUCCAUGAGGACCUGUCCUAUGGGCCCUUCGAAGACCCUGACUCAGACCCGGUGGGCACAGGGGAUUGGAGACCCCCACGCCCAAGCACUGCUGCUGAGCCCCCCACGGGGACCCCCGUUCCUCCCACAGAGCCUCCUGGGACUCGGGAUGAGGGGGCACUGGGAGAUGGGUCCCCUGCCCCUUGGCCCAGCCAGGCUGGCCAUUCCCCACCCCCACCUUUGGAGCAGACCCCUGGGAACUCCCUGGUCAAUUUCCUACCUGAGGAAGAUGCUCCCAUUGGUGCCCCAGACCUUGGGCUCCCCAGCUUGCCCUGGCCCCCCACUUCCAUCAGCAUGGAGAUGCCUGCUGCCCCUGGGAGCCAGAACCAGGUCCUAGGAGCGGAGGACAGCCAGAGCCUGCCGCCCCCUCCCCGGUGGGAGAGGACCAACGAGGUUUCUGAUGAUGAGGAAGCCUUAGGCCACGGAGCCCCUCACCUGCCCCAAAGACCCAGCCCCACGUCACCCUCUCUGUCCUCCGUUGGCACUACCCACUCCUCUCCUAGUCCCCGCACAGUAGAGCUGUGGACGAGUGGGACUGUGGCCUGGGAACCAGCUCUUGGGGGUGGCCUGGGGCCUCUGGACAGUGAGCUGUGGCCCACCAUGGGGGGUGCCCCUCCCAUUCCUCCUCCCACCGCCACCCUGCCAGACACUCAGGGUACAGACAGCCCCCUGGAGCUGGGGACUGCCACCCUUUCAACCCCAGGACCAGCUCUGCAGGACCUGCAGACCUUGGCAAUGCCAGGAACCUUCCUUCUCAUGGCCCCCACUGGACUGGGGCACAUGCCUUGGGUCACUCCCCAGAGCCUGGGCCCCUUGGGCCAGCCUGAGCCCCCCAGCUCCAAGAUGCCCCCAAGUCCUGGGCUGCUGUCCACACCAGCUCAGGACAGUCCAGCCAACAGCAGCAGAGCCCCUGGGCCUCUGGACCCCAGCCCGGUCGAGGAGGGGUUCCCCGUGGACCUGCUGCCUGCAAGGAAUGCCAGCUGGGAAGUGGGGAACUGGAGCCAGUGUUCCACCACCUGCGGCCUGGGGGCUGUCUGGAGACUCGUGCGCUGCAGCUCUGGCCGGGAGGAGGACUGCGCCCCCGCUGGCCGACCCCAGCCCGCCCGCCGCUGCCACCUGCGGCCCUGUGCUGCCUGGCACACGGGCAACUGGAGUAAGUGUUCCCGCAGCUGCGGCGGGGGCUCCUCCACACGGGACGUGCAGUGUGUGGACACACGGGACCUCCAGCCCCUGCGGCCCUUCCACUGCCAACCGGGGCCCGCCAAGCCGCCCACCCGCCGGCCCUGCGGGGCCCAACCCUGCCUCAGCUGGUACACCUCUUCCUGGAGGGAGUGCUCCGAGGCCUGCGGCGGUGGUGAGCAGCAGCGUCUCGUGACCUGCCCGGAGCCAGGCCUCUGCGAGGAGGCGCUGAGACCCAACAGCACACGGUCCUGCAACACCCACCCCUGCACGCAGUGGGUGGUGGGGCCCUGGGGCCAGUGCUCAGCCCCCUGUGGCGGCGGUGUUCAGCGGCGCCUGGUCAAGUGCGUCAACACCCAGACCGGGCUGCCCGAGGAAGACAGUGAUCUGUGCGGCCACGAGGCCUGGCCUGAGAGCUCGCGGCCGUGCGGCACUCAGGACUGUGAGCUCACCGAGCCGCCACGCUGCGAACGCGAUCGCCUGUCCUUCGGUUUCUGUGAGACACUGCGCCUGCUGGGCCGCUGCCAGCUGCCCACCGUCCGCGCCCAGUGCUGCCGCUCCUGUCCCCCGCCUGGUGUCCCCUCCCGCGGCCACCAGAGGGUCGCCCGCCGCUGACCCGCACCCCGGCCCCCAGCGGCCAGGACGCACAGACAGACUGACGCACUGACCUCAGCGCCCAGCACGGGCUGUGGCGGAGCCCCGCCCCUCACGCCCUAAUGGUGCUAACCGGGGAUCCUACCAGUGGCAGGCUGGGGACCCCUCCCCCUCAGAAAAGGUAUUUUUUUAUUCUAACAGUUUGCAUAACAUUUAUUAUUAUUAUUGUCGUAAUAAACAGGCAUCUACUGUUUCCAA